AUGUGUGCGAAUCGACCGUGCCGGCCUCAGAGUCUUCACUUGCAAAAUCAGGCUGGACUUUACUAUCCUCUCUGCGUAUCACCGGACACCCCACACCUCUCGAUGCAUCUUAGCGAAGAUCAUCCGCCCAGAGCAUCGCCUCUGGUCUACCAUUUCUCUUCUGUGAACCGAGCCAUAGAUUUCUAUGUGGGUCCCAAUAUUUGGGUUAGCUCUCCGACACAGUCAAAUAAGACAGCAUCCAGCUUUGUAUUUCUCUCUCGUCAUGGCGACCUGCCAGAGCUCGUCCUGCUUAUUCAGAAGCGCUGGCGAGCGGUACGAUUGAGGAACAAGAGGCUGCUAUGGAGCAUACGCAGCCUUAACGCCGGCGGACUGACGAAAACCUACCCGAUGCUCCUUUGGCCGGCUUCUCACCUGUUUCAAGAACCCAGAUGA